CACCACCACUCACUAAACCCGAAAAGUGUAAACCAAACAAAGGGGAAAAAAAAAAUCCCGAGCUUUCAACACUCCACAGUCACUCACUGAUUAAUUUAAAAGAAAGAAAAAGACAGUUGCUCACUGAUAUUGGUGUAGUGGCAGAGCAGUGAAGAGAAUCAGUUGAGAUAUGUCUAAGCAAGGAGAAGUGGUCUGCGUAACCGGGGCCAGCGGCAGCAUUGGGUCUUGGGUUGUCAAACUCCUCCUUGUUCGCGGCUACACCGUCCACGGGACCGUCAGAAAUCUCAAGGACGAGAAAGAAACGAAGCACCUAGAAGCUCUAGAAGGAGCAGACUCACGUCUCCGCCUCUUCCAGAUCGAUCUCCUCGAUUAUGAUUCACUCGCCGCCGCAAUCAAUGGCUGUGCUGGUGUUUUCCACCUCGCUUCUCCAUGCAGCGUCGAUCAAGUUCACGAUCCUCAGAAGGAGCUUUUGGAUCCUGCGAUUAAAGGAACGCUUAAUGUACUGACAGCUGCCAAAGAGCUUGGUGUUAAACGUGUGGUGGUUACGUCUUCAAUCUCCUCCAUGUGGCCCUGCCCAAACUGGCCAGCUGAUAAAAUCAGAACAGAGGAUUGCUGGACUGAUAUUGAGUAUUGCAAGCAAAAUGAAUUAUGGUAUCCAAUUUCCAAAACACUAGCUGAGAAGGCUGCAUGGGAAUUUUCCAAGGAGAAAGGUCUGGAUGUGGUGGUUGUGAAUCCGGGCACCGUGAUGGGUCCUAAUAUUCCUCCAAACCUUAAUGCUAGCAUGGUAAUGUUGUUACGCCUUCUGCAAGGCUGCACAGAGACAUAUCAGGACUUUUUCAUUGGAUCCGUCCAUUUCAAAGAUGUUGCGUUAGCACACAUUUUGGUAUAUGAGAACACAUCAGCAACAGGAAGGCACAUGUGCGUUGAAGCUCUAUCUCACUAUGGUGACUUCGUGGCCAAGGUUGCUGAACUUUACCCUGAAUAUAAUAUUCCCAGUUUGCCAAGGGAUACUCAACCUGGGCUGUUAAGGGCUAAGAAUGGAGGUAAAAAGCUGAUGGACUUGGGGUUGGAAUUUAUUCCCAUGGAGCAGAUAAUCAGAGAUGCGGUUGAGAGUUUAAAAAGUAAGGGCUUUAUUUCAUGAAUGUGUCUUCUACACUAAAAGCUGUGCUGUAUAGCCGAUGAGUGUGGCCACGAACCGAUAAGUAAAGGGCAUGUAUGAAUAAUUUCAGGGGAGAGAAGUGAGUAAAAACUAUACUUUAUAUUUGAUAAAAAAGAUAGUGGGUCACCUAAUCUCCCUGAAAA